AUGUCGUCGCCGCCGGGUGGUCAGAACGAUGUUCCAAGCUCAACUUUUGGCGACGAGAAUAAUCGAUUAUUUCACAACAGUCAAGAUGGGCUGAAUAUCCCAUCAUCCGUACCGCCUGCAAAUCAAUCAUCCCCCCCGUUCUCUUCGAUUGGAGGGGCUUAUGGCGAUGAUACCGGCUCUGGUGGUCAUUCCGGUGCCACACCGAUAUUCCCCAGUUCCUCCAUGGGAAAUGUAAAUCGCCAUUCCCAACAAAACCAGGCCUUUAGCAGUGAGAGCUUUGCAAGAGAACAAAACGAUAACGGAGGUGAAUUUGAAGAUGACAACUUGCCACUGGGAGGCGUGAGAACAAGGAACCUUAAUACCAUAAAAAAAGUCGACGAUGUUACCGGUGAAAAAGUUCGCGAGGCGUUCGAGCAUUUCUUGGAGGAUUUCACAUUCGAGCCAUCUGAAGAUAACGACCAGCAGGGUCCAGUGAAAGUUUACCGGUCACAAAUACAAUUUAUGAAGAUCUACGAUCUCAGCACUAUCUACAUUGAUUAUCAGCAUUUAUCGACACGAGAGAAUGGUGUUUUGGCUGCAGCUAUCGCAGAACAAUAUUAUCGGUUUUUGCCUUUCCUUCAAAAAGGUUUAAGGCGAGUCAUUCGUAAAUAUGCUCCGGAAUUACUGUUGACGUCCGAUUCGGUCGUCAGUUCUCAAAAUUCAGAGAACCUGAAUACCCAAACUAAUACAGGUUUUGAUUCUUUGACUCAGGGAAGCCAAUUAACGGGGACUGGAGCGGGAAACCCUAGCUCUGGUUUUGCCACAGGUGCAUCGACAACCAGCUCACCAGAGCAGUCAGAACGCGUUUUCCAGAUCAGCUUUUUCAACCUACCAACAGUACAUCGAAUUCGUGACAUUAGAGCCGAAAAGAUUGGUUCUUUGAUGUCAAUUUCGGGUACUGUCACUAGAACAUCUGAAGUUCGGCCCGAGCUUUACAAAGCUAGUUUCUCUUGUGAAAUGUGUCGUGCAGUCGUUGACAAUGUCGAGCAGGUAUUCAAAUAUACGGAACCCACCUAUUGUCCCAAUCCCUCCUGCGAGAAUCAGGCAUUUUGGACCCUCACGGUUGGUAGAUCAAAAUUUCUGAAUUGGCAAAAGGUGAGGAUUCAAGAGAAUGCAAAUGAAAUCCCCACGGGUUCGAUGCCUCGGACGAUGGACGUGAUUUUGCGAGGCGACUGUGUGGAAAGAGCGAAACCAGGAGACAGGUGUAAAUUCACCGGAACUGAAAUUGUCGUACCUGACAUUACCCAACUUGGACUACCAGGAGUCAAGCCAAGUGGUUCUAUGGAUAACAGAGGCAUGUCCAGAAGUUCCGAUGGUCUGAACACAGGUGUUAGCGGACUCAAAAGCCUCGGGGUACGUGACCUGACCUAUAAAAUCAACUUCUUGGCUUGCCAUGUCAUAUCGACAGGACAACACAGUGCCAGCGGUGGGUCAAAAGACCAAGAGGAUAAUGCAGACUUGCUCAACAUGCAAAAUAGUAAUUUCGAUAACGAUGGUGAAAGGGACCAGGAAAUCUUUUUGAACAGUUUGGAUUCUCAGGAGAUCAACGAAUUAAAGGAAAUGGUUAAAGACGAACAAAUUUACGACAAAUUGGUGAGAUCAAUCGCACCAGCUGUUUUUGGCCACACGACCGUUAAAAAGGGAAUAUUACUUCAAAUGUUGGGCGGUGUUCACAAGACGACAGUGGAAGGAAUCAAUUUAAGAGGUGACAUCAAUAUUUGCAUUGUGGGCGAUCCUUCUACGUCCAAGUCCCAGUUUUUGAAAUACGUUUGUGGAUUUGCCCCCAGGGCAGUCUAUACAUCCGGAAAAGCUUCGUCUGCUGCAGGGUUGACAGCAGCAGUUGUGAAGGAUGAAGAGGCUGGGGACUUCACCAUCGAAGCAGGUGCCCUCAUGCUGGCAGAUAACGGUAUUUGUGCGAUUGACGAGUUUGACAAGAUGGAUCUUUCCGACCAAGUUGCCAUUCACGAGGCAAUGGAGCAGCAAACAAUUUCGAUUGCGAAGGCUGGUAUCCAUGCAACUUUGAACGCGCGUACAUCUAUACUUGCUGCAGCGAACCCUGUGGGUGGACGUUACAACAGGAAAUUGACUUUGAGAGGUAAUCUCAACAUGACGGCGCCUAUCAUGUCGCGUUUUGACCUGUUUUUCGUGGUGCUCGACGAUUGCAAUGAGAAGAUCGACACAGAACUUGCUGCACACAUUGUUGAUCUGCACAUGAAAAGGGACGACGCUAUCGACCCUCCAUUCACUCCGGAACAAUUGAGACGGUACAUCAAAUAUGCCCGAACUUUCAAGCCUGUGCUCAACGAAGAAGCUCGGGCGUAUCUGGUUAACAAAUACAAGGAGUUGCGUAAAGAUGACGCUCAGGGUUUCAGCAAAUCGAGCUACAGAAUCACUGUGAGACAGCUGGAGAGUAUGAUUCGUCUUUCCGAAGCCAUUGCACGGGCGAACUGUGUUGAUGAAAUCUCACCCAUGUUUGUGGCGGAGGCUUUCGACCUACUGAGACAAAGUAUCAUUCGAGUCGACGUCGAAGACGUCGAUGUCACCGGCGAUUCGGACGACGAGAACGAUAACGACGAAUCUCGUGGGGACGAUGCCUCGAGGGACCCAGAGGCCCCAGGGACGCCAGGAACACCAGGACCAACCGCUGACAGUACCACCCGCGGUCAUACGCCUCCACCUCACGACGAUUCCUCGACAAACAAGCCUAAGGGCAAGGUCACCAUUUCCUACGACAAAUACGCCGCUAUGAUCAACCUUAUUGUACAGAAAGUAGCUCAAGAGGACCGUGACGGCGGUGCAGAGCUCACAGCCACCGAUAUCGUCGACUGGUAUCUACUGCAACGUGAAAAUGAGCUCAACAGCGAGGCCGAAUAUUGGCAAGAACGCAAGCUGGCUUUCAAAGUGAUCAAACGACUUGUCAAGGACAAGAUUCUCAUGCAAGUUCACGGCAACAUGCAAGAGCUAGCAGAGCACGAGUCUGCCCAUCCUACGUCCGAGAAGAUUGUCUACGUUAUUCAUCCAAAUUGUGCCGUUCUCGACAGCAUUGUGGGAUCUUCUGCCGAAAGAAAUUCUUGA